CCUCACUGGAAGAAGCCAUUUUCAUGAAAGUAACAUAGUUGAGUAACGAGAGAAAGACAAAAAGACAGUGAACCAGGAGGAGUUGGUAUAUUCAGUAACAUUGAGGGUUUGUCUUCACAUCCUAAACCUCAAGUUGCUGUAAUAAUGUUUUCCUUCUCGGCGACGUUCCAGCCACAGGUAAGGCAGUUGAUACAAAGCCAGGAUAGCAUAGCCGGCUAAUCAGCUAUCUAGGUGACUGAUGUAACCUAGCUAGCUAGCUAGCUAGCUGCUCGAAAGUUCUGGCUAGUUAACGUUAGAGAUAAGAGACAGCACGUUUAACUAGCUAGCUGUUUAAAGUUAUGUAUUUAUCUAGCCAUACAUACAGUUUGCUACUUACCCUGUUAUCAAGCUUAUUUAGCUAACUAGUUGCUGUAGGUAACGUACGCAGUUCUCAAUCUCAUGAUGUGCUAACGUUAACUGUCUCUUCAUACUAACGCCACAGCGAUAUUUGGACAGUUGUAAAUACAGUUCAUUUGAAGCUAGCUAGUUAUAAAUUAGGUUAACUAACCAACUAGCUGACCAAUUGGUUAUGCCAUACCAUAUCAAUCAGUUGCAUAAUCCAGCUAUUUACACCUGCCGGUGAAUGACAAUACCGAUUAAUACUGUCAAUCAAUGGCAUGAGGAUGGCUGUUUUAAAUUGUAACAUAAGAGAAAUGAUUGUCCCCAGAUGUCAAAUCUGGUCAGUGGGUCACAGGGAAGCUGCUGACUAGUAGUACAUAACGUUGGAUGCAACUUGGGAGCUCUCCACACCAGUAACUCCCAGGCAGGGGCUUGUGAUGCCUUUGAUAUCCUUAGAAGAGAGAGACAGGUUGAACUCAAAUUACCUUCCCUCAUCAGUUCCCUAGCCUGGGUUGUCUCACAAAUCUGCUGUAAGUUGCGCAGUAGUGCAGUGAAAUAAAUAUCGUAGGCUGGGCACCUACAUCCAGGAAAUCACUAUCCCUCCUGCAACGUUCUUUAUCAGAACAAUAUAUGCCAACAUUACACAAAUCACGUAUGUCAUUUAUUUCAAAUUUUUCCAUCUCUGUGGCCUCUGACUCUUCUUAGGUAACGAGUCAGCUCAUUGGCCAGCUCAUCAAUGGCCUCCAUUCCCUGAAGAACUCAGCCAGCUCCACAGCCACAGCUUCUGUCCAGAGCCUGCAGACAUAUGUCACACCAGAGCAGGACCUGUUGCUCACAGAGGUACGAUAAGGGAAACACUAAGGGUGUGUGGCUGACAUGCAAACCCAUGUUGCAUUUUCAAAUUAGGUUGAAAUUAGGUUAAGGGUUCGGUUUAAGGUAAGGGUCAAGUUAUAGAUUUUGGCUAGUCUGGCGGUCAAUGGGAUGCUGGUCAGAAAAGGCCCCUUAGACUCUUCCUUGUAAGAUUAGCCUACUUUAUGGCAAUCAUAGGCGGUACAUUUGUUAUCAGGGAUUCCUUCAUAGCCUAGGCUAAUUCCUGACACAAGGCAGCAGUUCUCCCUCAGACUGGACAAGCCUCUGAAUUUACACUGUCUACCUUUUUUAGAGCUGUAGCUCACACAACUGGCUCCACCCCCCUCCACUAUCCUCAGGAGCCCCAGUGCGACUUUGGACUGACUGACGUGUAACAUAACGUUGGAAUGAUGGAAAUCCUGGUUUGUGCAGGGGCUAGCUCUAACGGGCUAGGCACAGCUCCCCGAGCAGACAUUUUUAGUCAUUUAGCAGACGCUCUUAUCCAAGAGCGACUUACAGGAGCAAUUAGGGUUAAGUGCCUUGCUCAAGGGCACAUCGACAGAUUUUUCACCUAGUCGGCUCGGGGAUUCGAACCAGCGACCUUUCGAUUACUGGCCCAACGCUCUUUAACCACUAAGCUACCUGCUGCCCCAUGUCGUCGUUGUGGUUAGGGAGAGUAUUGUUGUCUCAGACUAUCACUAAACACAGCAAUAUCAUGUGCCAUGGACACUGAGGAUGAGUAAAAACAUCAUUGCAGAUAUUUAUUGUCACUCACAGCUCUCCAAUUUGUAUGUGUUAUUAUUGCUCAUCAAUUGGCUAGAGAUCAUAAAAUCAUGGCCACUGGAGCAGCACAUCAUUUCAUACUAAGCCCUGGCUUGCAUAGCUAGCGAAACUGACACUGCAAUGCUACAUUUGACCACUUUUCUCUCUUGUAAAGUGGUUAUCCCACUGGCUAUAGGGUGAACGCACCAAUUUGUGAGUCGCUCUGGCUAAGAGCGUCUGCUAAAUGACGUUAAUGUGCCCUUGAGCAAGGCACUUAACCCUAAUUGCUCCUGUAAGUCGCUCUGGAUAAGAGCGUCUGCUAAAUGACUAAAAUGUAAAUGUAAAUGUUAAAUUCCAAUAACUAUGAAAUGAUGGUACAGCAAGCUUAGCUAAACUAGCCUGUUCGGCAACCCCUAUGGUCGUGAGUUGGCCACGAACAGAUCUGAGACCAGGCUAAAGCUUGCUCAUUAUUACAGUUGAUGUGUCCUUCAUACUGACUUCCUGUCCCCCCAGCCCACUGUGAACCUCUGGGACCUGGGUCUGUCAGACCUGAGGGUUGGUCAGCUGGAUGAGCUGGUGAACAGAUUACUGCCCUCACUGGGCUCAGAGGAGGACCCAGCUGCUUCAAGAUGGAGGACGUCCCACGUCUCUGCAGACUCUUUCUUCCAAAACAAACAUGGUGAGGACCAAGCUGUUUUAAAUUUUAUGAAGCUGUGUUUUUGUUGCAGGGUGUAUAUUUGUAGUAAAAUGUUAACAAGCUUUCGUUUCCAUGGUGUGUAUUUGUGAUAGUCUUCGGUUGACUUGUCUAUUUGUUUCCAUAGGGUUCUCAAACGGAAGGUUGGGUGUUUUUGGCUCGCCAAUGUUCCACAGACCAAACCAGAGUCCUCUACAAGCCGUGUGUUCAGAUCUCCGAUACUGGCCUGGUAAGGAACCCUACCUGGUUUACUUUGCAUCAGGGUCAUCUGUGGUCCUCAUCUGUGGAAUGUGACCAGCGACCCUCAAGUGAAGAUGGUUGAUUAUUUUACCAUGGUGAAUUGCCUAUUUUGAGAGAAUUCCAUUGGUGAAAUCUCCACCCACCCCGGGCGACGCAAAACGAAUACACCCACUCGCAAGCGAUCAUGUUUUCCCCCUGUGACAUAACAUAGUGAAAUGAAUAGUGUUGUAUUUGGCCUUUCCUUCAGUAAGGGUCCAGAACCGAGGCUUCAAGACUCUGAGGAAGAGCAGACGUGUGGAGUCCGGUUACCAGAGGCCGGCGGAACCAGAGGGCUACACCACAACAUUCAUGAAGGUCAGCAAGUGUUACACACUGCAUAAGUCACACACUCCCCAAAUCCCCUCUUGGACAGACAUAGUUUGGCAUGCAGUCAAUGAACCCACUGGAUCUGUUUUGUUGUCCUCAAGUUUACCGGAAUUUCCCCUUCAACGUGAAGAUUGGCACGUACUGUAAUGUGUUGUAAAAUCGUGACACAGUUUUAGAGGGAUUUCCCAACCAUUUUUCUCUGUGUCCUUGUUCCGAUUUUUCACACAUAGUUUUUGUUGUUGUUGUUGCUUGGCUCCCCUCAUGUGAAAAGGGCUGUUUUAUGUCUUAUGACCACUCUGUCUGGGCCCAUUCAUCUCAUUGUUUCAUGUUCAACCUCUUGCUUUCCUCCCUGUCUUUCUCUCACUCACUCACCCCCACUGACACACAUACAUUAUGCUCUCUCUCCCAUUAUCACACCCACACACCCCGUCACAGGGUCUCCUCAUGAGACCAGACAAGGCCCCAGAGGCAGAGAGUCUGGACCACAUGGUAAAGCAGAAGAACCUGCCAGGUGACCAACAAGAUGCCUUCAAGACUGGCUUCACUGAGGGCUUCAUGAGGUCCCAGGCCUUCACUCAGAGGACACACGGCACGUCGCACAACUCUCUUCAUACAUGGCAUCUUAGUCACUCAGCAUAUUCCCUUCCUACAGUGGCUAACAUGAAGUUAAUGUUGCACUGUCUUUAAAGGGAUAGUGUUAGUCAUCAUUAAGAAACAUUUUUUUAAAGUGAAGGCUAAUAUUUUUAACCCCUGCCCCAGCUCGUAGCAGAUUUGCUCCUUCUUGAAGUCAAUCAUGACUGCCAGUUAUGGUGACGCACUAAGCCCAUGGCCACCACUAGCAGUUCCACCAUGUGUUCACAAGAUGGCACUGCUGAGUUGAACUGAAUCUCUUACCCUCUAAUGCAGUAACUCAUUUUUCUAUCUUCCAUUGACAGACUCACUAAGGAGGACCAGGCUGAUUCUAUUGGUCCUCCUCCUCGUGGGAAUCUAUGGCCUGUCAAGAAGCCCGUUUCUAUCGGGUAAAGGCUCCUUUUCUGAUGCUGGUUUGUGUUCUAUUGAAUUCCUACGCUUGCAUGAAUCACCGCAUUGUGUUUGUGCUUUUUAUCAUAAAGAGCAAUGGUUGAAUGGGCUGCUGUUCCACUGAUCAUGCUCCCAAAAUAUAUGAUCAAUUAUCAGUCAACUGUCUGGCACUAGCUGAUGGUGUUUAUUAGAAACUCCACCUUUUGGUCAUUUUUUAACAAUGAAUGAUUGAAUAGUAAAUUUAUAUUUGAAUAUAUUUGAGUGGAAGAGGAGAGUGGUAUUAACAAAAUCACUAGUUCAUGUUAUUCUAGCAUAGUUUCUAUGCUAAGUAGAGGACUAUUCCCAGGUGGUGUCUGACUGAGUUGUUGUCGUUUCUGCACUGAACAGUGAGGUUCCGCACCACGUCGGGCCUGGACUCACAAGUGGACCCGGUCCAGGUGAAGAGCGUGACGUUUGAGCACGUCAAGGGGGUGGAGGAGGCCAAGAACGAACUGCAGGAAGUGGUGGAGUUCCUCAGAAACCCCCAGAAGUUCACCGUGCUGGGAGGGAAACUGCCUAAAGGUCAGGUGUCUUUCUGUAAAUGGAAAGAAUACUCCGUAGACGUUCACUUAUCUUCUACUAACCCGGUGGCCUUUUUGUUAGCUUCCGCCCUGAGGAUGGGAGUUCGAUCCCCGGCUGAGUCAUACCAAAGAAUGUAAAAAUGGGACCCAAUGUGUCUCUACUUGGCACUCAGCAUUAAGGGGAUAGAUUGGGGGUAAGGCCUUACGAUAGACUACAGUCCUGUCCAGGGGGUGUAUUCUACAGAAACAGGAGGUAGAUUGGGGGUAAGGCCUUACGAUAGACUACAGUCCUGUCCAGGGGGUGUAUUCUACAGAAACAGGAGAUAGAUUGGGGGUAAGGCCCUACGAUAGACUACAGUCCUGUCCAGGGGGUGUAUUCGUACAUUAAGCUGCCUCACACUACACUGUGUGGUCCUCUGUAGCUCAAUUGGUAGAGCAUGGCGCUUGUAACGCCAGGGUAGUGGGUUCGAUCCCCGGGACCACCCAUACGUAAAAAUGUAUGCGCACAUGACUGUAAAUCGCUUUGGAUAAAAGCGUCUGCUAAAUGGCUUAUUAUUAUUAUUAUUAUUAUUAUUAUAUUAUAGAAAGCAGAGAUGUCCACAAGCUAAGGCUACUUCCUUACUUAUGAGAUGAGCAGAGAUGUCCACAAGCCAAAGCUACUUCCUUACUUAUGAGAUCAGCAGAGAUGUCCACAAGCCAAAGCUACUUCCUUACUACUUAUUUGGUUAUCUUGCACCCCUCCCUAUCUGUAUGGUCCUUUUACCCACUGCCAUUACAUCUAUUUCUGUCAAUGUGUCCAUAUGUUUCACUAUUUUUGUGGCCUCUGGUUCUGUCAGGCGUCCUCCUGAUUGGCCCCCCAGGCACAGGAAAGACUCUCCUGGCUCGGGCUGUAGCCGGCGAGGCCGACGUCCCGUUCUUCUACGCAUCGGGAUCCGAGUUUGACGAGAUGUUUGUGGGUGUCGGCGCUAGCCGCAUCAGGAACCUCUUCAGUGAGUCCCAGAAGAGAUCUAACCCUAUGUACUGCAUCAAUACACUGACUGACCAACCUUCACCCUGUCACUCGUGAUAGCUGAUUUGAUGAAAGGACCUGAUAGGUUUAAUUUUUAUUGAUUUUUAUUGGGAAAAAAGAUGCACUGAGUACAACCCAAGGGAUAACGCGUUAAAGUGAUUCCAUUAGUUUCCAACGUGUCACACAGUCAUUCCACAAUAUGGCUUUCACCUAUCAAGUACUUUUUUGAUCAGUGUCCAUGAAGCAGAGGAAUGGAGGAAAGGAGGGACACAGCCUAAAACUCUCUCUCUCUCUUUCUGUUUGGUCUGCAGAAGACGCAAAAGCCAACGCACCUUGUGUUGUCUUCAUUGAUGAGCUUGACAGCGUGGGGGGAAAGAGGAUUGAGUCUCCCAUGCACCCCUACUCCAGACAGACCAUCAACCAGCUACUGGCAGAGAUGGACGGGUAAGAAACAUUUUAAGAAUAUACCGUAUAUAGCUAUUGCGUCAGAGAACUUAGAUAAAUUUAAGCUGGAUUUUUAAGUUUACCUGAUGCUAAUCACAAGGCUUGCAUUUUCCUCAUUCAAUGUGUUGAUACUUUAACAGGUUCAAACCAAACGAAGGGGUCAUCGUUAUUGGCGCUACAAACUUUGCGGAGGCUUUGGAUAAGUAUGUUUACAGUGUGUAGUAACAGGUGUUUCUAUAGGCUUUUCAUCAGCCCAUUAGGUCCCUUUGUCAGGAUCUGGCUGGCUGGUUUGGUUGGCUGUCUAGUCUUAAAGUUUCAGACCGCUGGAUUUUCAGCUCAGUCGCAAAAUCACACAUGAAAUGUGGGGGGUCACAUGGGAGUAAGGCUGGGUGGUUAAUUGGAGCAAAUUGCACAGCGGGAACUACACUUCCAGCGGGAACUACACUUCCCAUGCGCCCAGAGAACUGAUGCCGCCUUUUACCAUGAUCCUCCUCAAUGUGAAAGAUGUCGUCGGUGAGAUUACUGGAAAAGUCGCCCUAAAACAGUUAUCCUUGAGAUAAAAAUCCAAAAAGCUGUAUAAAUGGAACAAAUCCAUUUUGAAUAGGAUGGAAAUAGAACCGCUCCAUUGACGGAGAAGCUUUUUAUUUCAUUGUAGAAUCACAAGGCUAAAGGUAAAUAAAGAAUGCAUUUGUCAUUGACACGUUUGAGAUUGGAGCAGGUACUUAGUUUGAAUUGUAUACAACAUGUCAGCUCUCUGGUUCAUUAGCCCAUUACAGUGCCUUGCAAAAGUAUUCAUUUCCUCUUGGUGUUUUUCCUAUUUUGUUGCAUUACAACCUGUAAUUUAAAUGGAUUUUUAUUUGGAUUUCAUGUAAUGGACAUACACAAAAUAGUGAAAUGAAAAAAAUUACUUGUUUCAAAAAAUUCUAAAAACGAAUUAACAGAAAAGUGGUGCGUGCAUAUGUGUUCACCCCCUUUGAUAUGAAGCCCCUAAAUAACAUCUGGUGCAACCAAUUACCUUCAGAAGUUACAUAAUUACUUAAAUAAAGUCCACCUGUGUGCAAUCUAAGUGUCACGUGAUCUGUCACAUGAUCUCAGUAUAUAUACACCUGUUCUGAAAGGCCCCAGAUUCUGCAACACCAGUAAGCAAGGGGCACCACCAAGCAAGCGGCACCAUGAAGACCAAGGAGCUCUCCAAACAGGUCAGGGACAAAGUUGUGGAUCAAGGUUGGGUUGUAAAAAAAUAUCAGAAACUUUGAACAUCCCACGGAGCACCAUUAAAUCCAUUAUUUAAAAAAAAAUGAAAGAAAAUGGCACACCAACAAACCUGCCAAGAGAGGGCCGCCCACCAAAACUCACAGACCAGGCAAGGAGGGCAUUAAUCAGAGGCAACAAAGAGACCAAAGAUAACCCUGAAGGAGCUGCAAAGCUCCACAGCGGAUAUUGGAGUAUCUGUCCAUAGGACCGCUUUAAGCCGUACACUCCACAGAGCUGGGCUUUAUGGAAGAGUGGCCAGAAAAAAGCCAUUGCUUAAAGAAGAAAAUAAGCAAACACGUUUGGUGUUCGCCAAAAGGCAUGUGGGAGACUCCCUAAACAUAUGGAAGAAGGUACUCUUGGUCAGAUGAGACUAAAAUUGAGCUUUUUGGCCAUCAAGGAAAACGCUAUGUCUGUCGCAAACCCAACACCUCUCAUCACCCUGAGAACACCAUCCCCACAGUGAAGCUUGGUGGUGGCAGCUUCAUGCUGUGGGGAUGUUUUUCAUCGGCAGGGACUGGGAAACUGUUCAGAAUUGAAGGAAUGAUGGAUGGCGCUAAAUACAGGGAAAUUCUUGAGGGAAACCUGUUUGUCUUCCAGAGAUUUGAGACUGGGACGGAGGUUCACCUUCCAGCAGGACAAUGACCCUAAGCAUACUGCUAAAGCAACACUCGAGUGGUUUAAGGGGAAACAUUUAAAUGUAUUGGAAUGGCCUAGUCAAAGCCCAGACCUCAAUCCAAUUGAGAAUCUGUGGUAUGACUUAAAGAUUGCUGUACACCAGCGGAACCCAUCCGACUUGAAGGAGCUGGAGCAGUUUUGCCUUGAAGAAUGGGCAAAAAUACCAGUGGGUAGAUGUGCCAAGCUUAUAGAGACAUACCCCAAGAGACUUGCAUCUGUAAUUGCUGCAAAAGGUGGCUCUACAAAGUAUUAACUUUGGGGGGGUGAAUAUUUAUGCAUGCUGAAGUUCUGUUUUUUUGUCUUCUUGUUUGUUUAACCCCAAAAAAAUAUUGUGCAUCUUCAAAGUGGUAGGCAUGUUGUGUAAAUGAAAUGAUACAACCCCCCAAAAAAAUCAUUUUUAAUUCCAGGUUGUGAGGCAACAAAAUAGGAAAAAUACCAAGGGGGGGUGAAUACUUUCUGUCAUAGCCCACUGGUACUUACUCUGGAUCAUUAGCCCAUUACUCUGGAUCAUUAGCCCAUUACUCUCCUGUGUCUUUUUUUAGUGCGCUGGUACGUCCGGGGAGGUUUGACAUGCAGGUGACCGUGCCUCGUCCGGACGUGAAAGGACGUACGGAGAUCCUCAACUGGUACCUGCAGAAGAUCAAAGUGGAUCCUAGUAGGUCUCAUAUCAGUUGCUUAGAUCAGUGGCUUUCAGAUCUCUCCUUGAGGACCCCCAGACGUUUCACAAUGUUGUUGUAGCCCUGAACUAGUGAAGGGCUUGAUUAGUUGACAAGUUGAAUCAAGAGUGGAAUAGUUCAAACACAUGGAACGGCUUGGGGUCCCCUGAGGAGAGAUUUGAAAACCCCUGGCUUAGACAGUAUAUCCGCUGACUAAUGUAUCAUAGCGACUGUAGUCGAGAGGUUCUGAUCACUAGGUAUCACGGCUACCCCCCCCCCCCCCCAAAAUUGGCUGCAUGAAAGAGCCCACUGUUUUGGACUGACAACAUCCUGCUUUUGGCCCUGCUGGGUGUGUGUUCAGACGUGAACGCCAAGAUCAUUGCCAGAGGGACGGUGGGCUUCACCGGGGCGGAGCUGGAGAACCUGGUGAACCAGGCGGCCCUGAAGGCAGCGGUGGACGGCCUGGACCAGGUCACUAUGAAGGAGCUGGAGUUCUCCAAGGACAAGAUCCUCAUGGGUGGGUGCACACACGCACGCACACACGCACGCGCGCACACACGCACGCGCACACACACACACACACACGCAGGUAGACAGGCACACCCACACAGAUACAUACAUGCAUGCAUGCAUACAUACAUACAUACAUACAUACAUACAUACAUACAUACAUACAUACAGUACAAGUCAAAAGUUUGGACACACCUACUCUUUCCAGGGUUUUUCUUAAUUUUUACUAUUUUCUACAUUGUAGAAUAAUAGUGAAGACAUCAAAACUAUGAAAUAACACAUAUGGAAUCAUGUAGUAACCAAAAAAGUGUUUAAACAAAUCAAAAUAUAUUUGAGAUUCUUCAAAGUAGCCACCCUUUGCCUUGAUGACAGCUUUGCACACUCUUGGCAUUCUCUUAACCAGCUUCACGAGGUAGUCACCUGGAAUGCAUUUCAAUUAACAGGUGUGCCUUGUUAAGUGAAUUUGUGGAAUUUCUUUCCUUAAUAAGUUUUGAGCCAAUCAGUUGUGUUGUGACCAAGUCCAUAUUAUGGCUAGAACAGCUCAAAUAAGCAAAGAGAAACCACAGUCCAUCAUUACUUUAAGACAUGAAGGUCAGUCAAUCCGGAACAUUUCAAGAACUUUGAAAGUUUCUUCAAGUGCAGUCGCAAAAACCAUCAAGGGCUAUGAUGAAACUGGCUCUCAUGAGGACCGCCACAGGAAUGGAAGACCCAGAGUUACCUCUGCUGCAGAGGAUAAGUUCAUUAGAGUUACCAGCCUCAGAAAUUGCAGCCCAAAUAAAUGCUUCACAAAGUUCAAGUAACAGACACAUCUCAACAUCAACUGUUCAGAGGAGACUGCAUGAAUCAGGCCUUCAUGGUCGAAUUGCUGCAAUAAAACCACUACUAAAAGAUUCCAAUAAGAAGAAGAGACUUGCUUGGGCCAAGAAACACGAGCAAUGGACAUCAGACCAGUGGAAAUCUGUCCUUUGGUCUGAUAAGUCCAAAUUUGAGAUUUUUGGUUCCAACCUCCAUGUCUUUGUGAGACGCAGCAUAGGUGAACGGAUGAUCUCCGCAUGUGUGGUUCCCACCGUGAAGCAUGGAGGAGGUGUAGGGGUGCUUUGCUGGUGACACUGUCUGUGAUUUUAUUUAGAAUUCAAGGCACACUUAACCAGCAUGGCUACCACAGCAUUCUACAGCGCUACGCCAUCCCAUCUGGUUUGCGCUUAGUGGGACUAUCAUUUGUUUUUCAACAGGACAAUGACCCAAAACACACCUCCGGGCUGUGUAAGGGCUAUUUGACCAAGGAGAGUGAUGGAGUGCUGCAUCAGAUGACCUGGCCUCCACAAUCACCCGACCUCAACCCAAUUGAGAUGGUUUGGGAUGAGUCGGACCGCAGAGUAAAGGAAAAGCGUGAGAGUGUUCAAGAGUGUUGGGAAAGCAUUCCAGAGUCUGCAAAGCUGUCAUGAAGGCAAAGGGUGGUUACUUUGAAGAAUCUAAAAUCUAUUUUGAUUUGUUUAACACUUGUGGUUACUACAUGAUUCCUUGUAUUAUUUCAUAGUUUUGAUGUCUUCACUGUUAUUUUACAAUGUAGAAAAUAGUAAAAAAUAAAGAAAAACCCUUGAAUGAGUAGGUGUGUCCAAACUUUUGACUGGUACUGUGUAUGUACACUACCGUUCAAAAGUUUGGGGUCACUGAGAGAUGUCCUUGUUUUCGAAAGAAAAGCAAAAAGAAAUUGUCCAUUUUAAAAUAUCAAAUUGAUCAGAAAUACAGUGUAGACAUUGUUAAUGUUGUAAAUGGCUAUUGUAGCUGGAAACGGCUGAUUUUUAAUGGAAUAUCUACAUAGGCGUACAGAGGCCCAUUAUCAGCAACCAUCAUUCCUGUGUUCCAAUGGCACAUUGUGUUUGCUAAUCCAAGUUUAUCAUUUUAAAAGGGUUUAAAAAACAAUUUUGCUAUUAUGUUAGCACAGCUGAAAACUGUUGUGCUGAUUUAAAGAAGCAAUAAAACUGGCCUUCUUGAGACUAGUUGAGUAUCUGGAGCAUCAGCAAUUGUGGGUUCAAUUACAGGCUCAAAAUGGCCAGAAACAAAGAACUUUCUUCUGUAACUCGUCAGUCUAUUCUUGUUCUGAGAAAUGAAGGCUAUUCCAUGCGAGAAAUUGCCAAGAAACUGAAGAUCUCGUACAACGCUGUGUACUACUUCCUUCACAGAACAGUGCAAACUGGCUCUAACCAGAAUAGAAAGAGGAGUGGGAGGCCCCGGUGCACAACUGAGCAAGAGGACAAAUACAUUAGUGUCUAGUUUGAGAAACAGAUGCCUCACAGGUCCUCAACUGGCAGCUUCAUUAAAUAGUACCCGCAAAACACCAGUCUCAAUGUCAACAGUGAAGAGGCGACUCCGGGAUGCUGACCUUCUAGGCAGAGUUGCAAAGAAAAAGCCAUAUCUCAGACUGGCCAAUAUAAAUAAAAGAUUAAGAUGGGCAAAAGAACACAGACACUGGACAGAGGAAGCUUGGAAAAAAGUGUUAUGGACAGACAAAUCGAAGUUUGAGGUGUUCGGAUCACAAAGAAGAACAUUUGUGAGACUCGGACCAAAUGAAAAGAUGCUGGAGGAGUGCUUGAUGCCAUCUGUCAAGCAUGGUGAAGGCAAUGUGAUUGGUUUGAGGGUGCUUUGGUGGUGGUAAAGUGGGAGAUUUGUACAGGGUAAAAGGGAUCUUGAAGAAGGAAGGCUAUCACUCCAUUUUGCAACGCCAUGCCAUACCCUGUGGACGGCGCUUGAUUGGAGCCAAUUUCCUCCUACAACAGGACAAUGACCCAAAGCACAGCUCCAAACUUUGCAAUAACUACUUAGGGAAGAAGCAGUCAGCUGGUAUUCUGUCUAUAAUGGAGUGGCCAGCACAGUCAACGGAUCUCAACCCUAUUGAGCUGUUGUGGGAGCAGCUUGACCGUAUGGUACGUAAGAAGUGCCCAUCAAGCCAAUCCAACUUGUGGGAGGUGCUUCAGGAAGCAUGGGGUGAAAUCUCUUCAGAUUACCUCAACAAAUUGACAACUAGAAUGCCAAAGGUCUGCAAGGCUGUAAUUGCUGCAAAUGGAGGAUUCUUUGACGAAAGCAAAGUUUGAAGGACACAAUUAUUAUUUCCAUUAAAAGUCAUUACUUCUGACCUUGUCAAUGACUACAUUUCCUAUGCAUUUUCCUAUAGUUUCAAUUCAAACUCAUUUCAUGUAUGUUUUCAUGCAUACACACACACACCCUGCCACGUGAGCGAGCUUAACGACAGAGUCUCUGGUUAAGAGACAUUCUAAUCUAGAUGGUUAGAAUGUCAGGUCAAUUAACGCCUGUCUGGUCUGGAUCCCCCCCCCCCCCCCCCCCCCCUCAUUCUCUAGGACAGAUAUUUUCUCAGGAGUUGGGUGCUCCUGUCUUUUCAGGUUGGAAUUCAGUAAAACGUACUGGAGUUAAACCUGCACUGCGAUAAUGUGAAUGAUGAGUGUUUUUAAUUAACCAAAGCGGGUCUCUCUGUACACUGAAGGUCCUGAGCGCAGGAGUGUGGACAUCGAUCAGAAGAACAAGCAAAUCACAGCCUACCACGAGUCGGGCCACGCUAUUGUGGCGUAUUACACCAAAGACGCCAUGCCCAUCAACAAGGCCACCAUCAUGCCCAGAGGGCCCACUCUUGGCCAUGUGAGUAGUACUGAGCAUUGCGUUUUGAUUGGUCAAUACGUUUUUUUUGAAGCCGUUGUAUAUGGUAUAAUUAAUUAAUUAAUGGUAUAAUUUAAGUGUUUGAAGCAGUCGUAUAUCACCAUGGAAUCAUCCCACUUGCUUUGACAUGACUUCUCCUCUGAUUUAACAAUGUCUUAAUUUGUUACAUUUCAUCCAUGUUUCGAAUUGCAAAGCUAAAUGUGCUCCAUUAUAUAGUAAACAACCUUGCAGAAUAAAUGCAUUGUCCCUUCUGCCAUUACUUAGCCCCCCCCCCCCCUUAGCGCUGUUGCCCUGGACUUCCUGAAAGAAGUUGGCCUCUGUUAAAUGUUUGGAUGUUGGCAGCUCCAGGGGGCUUGCCUUAAAACAGUUCAGGAGGAACAGAGAACUACUAUUAUGCAAUGGUUUACCAAAAAAUGGAUGGUCUCGAAAGACUAAGUCCUUCCUUAUCUGUCUGUUUAGGUGUCCAUGCUCCCAGAGAAUGACCGUUGGAGUGAGACGCGUGCUCAGCUCCUGGCCCAGAUGGACGUCAGCAUGGGCGGCCGCGUGGCCGAGGAACUCAUCUUCGGCGACGAUUACAUCACGACCGGUGAGGGGGAAAGCCUAGUUCGGUUGGGGUUUAGCUGUAGAGCAUAUUGCUUCAUCAAUUUUGGGACUUUUAAAUGAAUGAUUUAUACCCAUUUUGAUUCUUGAAGAAUGUAACUUAUAAAUGCCUCCAUGAGCUUAGUUCAACUGUCGUACCCCAUCAGAACCCCAAAAUAUAAGCUUUGUUUUACUCCGUUGUUUGUCAACAAUGCAAUUGUAACCAAGCACUGGAUAGCCUCAACUAUUUGGAGAACAUGGAUGGCGUCCUUAGCUCUGUCUAUGAAUUUGAGUGGUUACAUUUCUCCAGCCCCAUCCCUCAGCUGUUUACCAAAACAGUGGCAGGGGGUGCAUGCUUUGUUACCAUUUUUAUUUAUCCUUACUCUUGUAUUGCGGUGGCUCUGUUUUCCAGGAGCGUCAAGUGACUUUGACGGGGCAACUAGAAUAGCCAAGAUGAUGGUGACCAGGUUCGGAAUGAGUGACAAGGUAAGAGAUUAUACCUCGUGCGCAUAAAAUGGUAGAUUGAAGAUGAGAAAUCGUUCAUAACUGCCUUUUUUUCUAUCAGUCUGCAUUUUAGACGGGCAAAAUACAUUUCAUUUCGUUUCACCAAAGGCUUAUUCCUCAAAGGCCGUAUCCGUAAAUCUAGAAGGCAGCGUUGCCUUUGUGCAGAAAUGCCGUUCUCAGGCAUUGCAUGUGAUUGGAGGGAUCUCUCAGCGAUGUGGCUGCGGUGCAGACUUUCACCCUUUCCCUGUGUUCCCGACUCGACUCUGCUACUCACCUCGUAUCCACAGACCAUAGUCUACUGAGGUUAUUAGGAUAAUAAUAAUAGACGUAUUUGAUGUUACAAAGAGAAUCUCAGACGCUUUAAAAACAAAAGUAGGGUUCCGGCAGUGGCAGUUCUUGACUUAUGCGAUGGUCUUCCACAGCCGAUGGCUAGUGUUGAUAAGUGAAGGCUGAAUGUGGAUGGGACAGGGAGGGAGAAGCGUCAGUCAGAGAGUCUGACCCGGAGCUCUUCAUCAGGCACCUUCAACAAUAUCCUCCUCCUCCGUAGGUUGGCAGGAUCAUCAACUACCCACCUGGGUGAUGCUUGGUCGGCUGUAGGCUCAGCUCAGUGCCCUGAAAGGCCACCGUACAUCAGUAAUAGUCAUCCUAUGAGGCGAGCUGCAUCCCCUCAGACCUCGGCAUCCCCUCAUCACAUUCCGAAAACCGGGGAAGGUGGAACAAAAAAAAGCGGUGUAGAAAGCUAGCAUAGCUAUCUAGCCCCCCCCCAAAAAAACUAACUUGCCAUUAGUCCAGCAACUUUGGGUCAAGACCACCAGAUAUUUUAGCUCAGUAAAGCUUAAGAAGUUAUCGAAAACAAAAAGUUGAUUAGAAUUAUUACAAUUAUUAAACACUUCAAACAACAAAAUAAUACUAAGUGUACCACAGCUCUCUGCCUAGGCUUCCUCGUGGCGCCAUGGCAACCACAGAACUUAUCAUGUAUACAAUUCUUGGGUCAAAUGUAAUUUUGAAAUGCGUAAGGAGGAGCAAUUUUAUUAGAGGGAUAUUUUUUUGUUGUUGUUGAUAAACCUCAUCAAUGUCCUCCAGCUCUCUGAUUCUUUUGGUCCAAACAUUUACUUAACCUGCCCUGGCAACCCUGAAAUGAGUGCCUGAUUUUACUGUGCCACACACCAGGCAACGCUGAAAUUAGUGACUGAUUUACUGUGCCACAGACCUGGCAACCCAUGCGGCCUUACACUGUUUAUUACUAUAAGUAAGGAAGGAUUUAGCCUUGCACGAGCCUUGGCUUGUGCGUGCCGGAACGGCUCAUAGGAGCAUGACCCUAUUUCCUGUUUCUGUAGCGUGAGGCAGAUUGAUGUACAAGUCCACCCCCUGGACAGGACGCUAGUCUAUCGCAGGGCCUAGGAGUAGAUGUUGCAUAAGUGGUCUGCUGUGCCCCUAACCCUGAGACUAAAUCUCAUUGUUUCAGCUUGGUGUCAUGACCUAUGCUGAAGUGACCAAACAGAGCCCCGAGACGCAAGCCGCCAUCGAACAGGAAGUCAGGGUCCUGCUUAAGGUAAGCUUCCCAAACCUUCCCCCACUGCACAUUUGUUAAAUGUUAAAUCCUAUCUAUACUAAACAAAAAUAUAAACGCAACAUGCAACAAUUUUCAAGUAUUUUCAUCAGUUACAGUUCAUAUAAGGAAAUCAGUCAAUUGAAGUGAAUUCAUUAGGCCCUAAUCUAUGGAUUUCACGACUGGGAAUACAUAUAUGCAUCUGUUGGUCACAGAUGCCUUAAAAAAAAGGUAAGGGCAUGGAUUAGAAAACCAGUCAGUAUCUGGUGUGAGCACCAUUUGCCUCGUGCAGCGCGACACAUCUCCUUCGCAUAGAGUUGAUCAGGCUGUUGAUUGUGGCCUGUGGAAUGUUGUGCCACUCCUCUUCAAUGGUUGUGCAAAGUUGCUGGAUAUUGGCGGGAACUGGAACAUGCUGUCGUACACGUCGAUCCAGAGCAUUCCAAACAGGCUCAAUGGGAGACAUGUCUUUUGAGUAUGCAGGCCAUGGAAGAACUGGGACAUUUUCCGCUUCCAGGAAUUGUGUACAGAUCCUUGCGACAUGGGGCCGUGGAUUAUCAUGCUGAAACAUGAGGUGAUGGUGGCGGAAGAAUGGCACGACAACGGGCAUCAGGAUCUCGUCACGGUAUCUCUGUGCAUUCAAAUUGCCAUCGAUAAAAUGCAAUUGUGUUCGUUGUCCGUAGCUUAUGCCUGCCCAUACUAUAACCCCACCGCCCCCAUGGAUCAUUCUGUUCACAACGUUGACAUCAGCAAACCGCUCGCCCACACGUCUGCCAUCUGCCCGGUACAGUUAAAACUGUGAUUCAUCCGUGAGGAGCACACUUCUCCAGUGUGCCAGUGGCCAUCGAAGGUGAGCAUUUGCUGCAGUCAGGUCAAGACCCUGGUGAGGACGACGAGCACGCAGAUGAGCUUCCCUGAGACGUUUCUGACAGUUUUUGCAGAAGUUCUUUGUUUGUGCUAACCCACAGUUUCAUCAGCUGUCCGGGUGGCUGAUCUCAGGUGAUCCCGCAGGUGAAGUCGUGGUCUGCGGUUGUGAAGCCGGUUGGACGUACUGCCAAAUUCUCUAAAACGACGACGGAUGCGUCUUAUAGUAGAGAAAAUAACAUAACAUUCUCUGACAACAGCUCUGGUGGACAUUCCUGCAGUCAGCAUGCCAAUUGGAUGCUCCCUCAACAUGAGACAUUUGUGGCAUUGUUGUUUGACACAACUGCACAUUUUAGAGUGGCCUUUUAUUGUCCCCAGCACAAGGUGCACCUGUGUAAUGAUCAUGCUGUUUAAUCCGCUUCUUGAUAUGCCACACCUGUCAGGUGGAUGGAUUAUCUUGGCAAAGGAGAAAUCCUCACUAACAGGGAUGUAAACAAAUUUGUGCACAGCAUCUGAGAGAGAAAAGCUUUUUGUGCGUAUGGGACAGUUCUGGGAUAUUUUUAUUUCAGCUCAUGAAACAUGGGAGCAACACUUUACAUGUUGCCUCUAUAUUUUUGUUCAGUGUAGUUAAUUAUUGUGUCAACCAACCAAUAAUCAUUCAACUUUCUAAAUAAUCGUUUUUUUCAAUAUUCACUCUCUCUCUCUCUCCUAUCUAGGACUCAUAUGAGCGAGCCAAAAACCUCUUGAAGACCUACAGUGAUGAGCACAAGACGCUGGCAGAGGCUCUGCUGACGUACGAAACUCUGGAUGCCAAAGAGAUCAAGCUGGUCCUAGAGGGCAAAGCCCUGGACCCUAGAUGACUCGCUGGGCAAAGCCCUG